AUCGCUCCUUAAGGAGCGCCGCUUAAUCUAAUCUGCAACUAAUUGCCGUUUUGCCGACGAUAAGUGGAGAGGUCCUGCGACAUCAAACGUGGGCAUCAAACGAUAUACUCAGUCCGCAGCCGCAGCCACACCCCGUUCGUUCAGCCUCUCUGCUCGAUCCACUGCGGAACAUGCUCCUCCGCGCCGCGCUCGUGGCCGCCCUGGCGGUGGCCGUCCUGGGCUACAGCGACGACCUGGUCGGCCACUCCGUGCUGCGGGUGACGCCGCGCUCCGAGGAGCAGCUGCUCGCCGUGCACGAGUACCUGCAACGCAACCCCAUGCUCGACGUGUGGCUCGAGCCCAGGAAAGAGGGUCUCCCUGUCGACGUGAACGUUUCCCCCAGGCAGCGCGAGGAACUCGUCGCCUUCCUCGGCCGCUUGGGCCUCGAUCACGAGGUGUUCAUCGCAGACCUCCACAGUUUGGUUCGGAAGCAGAAGCUGUCCGCGACCCGCGCUCUGACGGACGACAAGCCAUUUGACUGGACGAAGUAUCAGAACCUGGAUGAGAUCUACAAGUGGUUCGAGGCGCUCAAAGAAAAGUAUCCCACCGUCGUUAGCAUCGUCAACGUCGGCCAGUCGCACGAGAAGCGGGACAUGAAGGGGCUCGUCAUCAAGUUCGCCGACAACCUGCCCGUGGCCAUGUUAGAGGCCGGCAUCCACGCCCGCGAGUGGAUCGCCCACGCCAGCGCCACCUACUUCAUCGACCAGAUCCUCAAGAGCGCAGAGAGCGACAACGUCCGGAACUACGAGUGGCACAUCUUCCCCUCCGUCAACCCCGACGGUUACGUCUACACGUGGGAGAAGAACCGCAACUGGCGCAAGACCCGCAGCACGAACUGGCUCAUCUUCAAGGGGGUGGACGCCAACCGUAACUGGCCGUUCAAAUGGGGCGCGGCCGGAUCCAGCCCGAGCCCGGCCUCCGAGAUCUACGCCGGGCCCAGUGCCGAGUCCGAGGUGGAGACGCAGAACCUGAGGGCGCACGUGGACAGCCUGGCCUCGCGCAUGCACAUCUACAUCUCGCUGCACUCGUACAGCCAGCUGCUCAUGUUCCCCUGGGGCUGGACCGACAAGCUCAUCAACAACCACAACGACCUGAAUGCGAUCGCGAGGAAGUCGGUCGAGGCGAUCAAGAGUGUCGGCGGGACGGAAUUCACGUACGGCGACAUCUCCAGUACCAUAUACCCUGCCUCGGGCAGCACGAUCGACUACGUCUACAGCAAGUGCGUGCCGUACCCCUUCGUCUACGAGCUACGCGACACGGGCAAGUACGGCUUCAUGCUGCCCGAGGACCAGAUCAUCCCGGCGGCCCAGGAGACCUGGGCGGGCGUCAAGGUCAUCGUGGACGAGGUCUACAACAAGGGGCUUCCCACUCAGAACCCCACCGUGUGCAACGACUUGUCGAGCGGCCUGUUGCAGCUCGCCAUGCAGCGCCACUGCGGCCCACGGCUGGCGCUGCUGCUGGUGCUCGGCGCACUCGCCAGCGGCGCGCCACCGCCGUCCCCGGGGACCACCAGGACGCCGCCGUCACACGCAGCGACAGCGGCCGCCGACCUCGUCCCGGAGCGCCUGAUACAGCACGUGAUCCAGCACCUGCACGCGUUCACGGGCGCGGCGGGCAAGCACGAGGCCGCCCACGUGACCUCCGCCAAGCACGCCGUCGAGGCCAACGCCUCGAGGCACGGCGACGUCCUCAAGCACGGCGCCGAGGCCGACCUCACGCACCAGGAUGCCGCCUUCCACGGCCACAAGGUGCUGCGCGUGCUGCCGGCCUCGGAGCAGCAGGUGCGGCAGCUGCGCGCCUUCCUGCACGACCACCCCUCGCUGGACACGUGGAUGGAGCCGUCGCAGCCCCUCCGGCCCGUGGACAUGCGCGUCAGCCCCAACGACAGCCUCGUCGUCAAGGAGUUCCUCGUCAAGCAGGGCCUGGUCCCCAGGGACAUGAUCCCCGACCUCGGCAGACUUAUUGAAGAGGAACAACGCCAGAUGCUCGACGCCAAGAGGGCUAACCUGGAAUUUGGCUGGGACACCUACCACGGCCUGGAGGAGAUCUACAAGUGGAUGCAGGGCUUGGCCAAGAGGUUCCCCUACAAGGUGCAGGUGGUCGAGGCCGGCCGCACGUACGAGGGCCGCAGCAUCCUCGGCGUGCGCAUCAAGUUCUCGAACGAGAGCCUGCCCGUCGCCCUGCUCGAGGCCGGCAUCCACGCCCGCGAGUGGAUCACCCCGGCCACCGCCACCUUCCUCACCAACGAACUGCUCACCCGCGAGGACGACGACUUCAAGGCCGCAAUGCACGCCUACGAGUGGCACAUCUUCCCCGUCGCCAACCCGGACGGCUACGUCUACACGCACACCUCGAACCGCCUGUGGCGCAAAUCGCGGAGCCGAUACAACUACCUGUGCCAAGGAGCGGAUCUGAACAGGAACUGGCCGUUCCACUGGAGAGAGGUCGGCGCGAGCCCGUGGCCGUGCGCCGACACCUACGCCGGCACCGGGCCCGAGUCGGAGCCGGAGACCAAGGGCCUGAGGCGCUACAUCGACGAGCUCAUCGGCAGGCCCAACAGCACGCUCCACGUGUACGUCAGCCUGCACUCGUACAGCCAGCUGCUCAUGUUCCCCUGGGGAUUCACCCUGGACGACACCAAGGACCACGACGACCUGAACGCCGUGGCCGGGGCCGCCGCGGAGGCUGCGGCCAAACGGUACGGGACCAAGUUCCGCUACGGGCCCAUCGCAAAGACCAUCUAUGCAGCAUCUGGUAGCACGUUGGACUAUGCGUAUGAUAAAGGUGUCAAGUAUCCAUUUGUGUUCGAACUGAGAGAUGAAGGUGCCUACGGUUUCCUCCUUCCCAAGGACCAAAUCAAACCGGCAGCUGAGGAAACAGUUGAUGCCAUCAAUGUGAUUGUCAGUGAAGCUUUAAAAAGAAAAUAAAGUGUAAAUAAGCUAGUUA